ACAAGCUUUUAUUUAUUAAGCUUCUACUAUGCGAGACUGCGGACUGCAGACUGUAAGACAAACUCCAUCCAUAAAACCCCAGGCCCUGUUCUCAAGGAGGUCGCCGUCUAUGGGGGAUUGUUUGUUCCUUCUCGAAGGGGACCAUGACUUUAGGAAGGUGACGCUAACUUGCAAGUGGAUUGCCUAAGUGAGCGAGGGCUGGGCAAAGUCACCAGCUUCAUUUUAUCUACUGUGGGAGACAAUAUGCAAACAAUCGUUCGAAAAAAGAUGAAAAAAUACAAGAUAAAUCAGAGAUACUGGGAUCAGGAAAGACUUCUCAUAGAAGAAAAGAUUUGAACUGGAAUUUGAAGCCAGAAGGAAGAGACAAGGAGGAGAAUUGCAAGCGGGACAGCCAGUGAGCCCUCGGGACCCGAGUAUCUGGUGGGAUGAAUAGCAGAGUCCAAGAUUAAUUACCCCAGGGACGAGUUAAGGGGUGAGGUGAAAGACAAGGGUUCUUAAACUUUUCCCACCCAGGAGCCCUUUUCACUUGAGAAGUUUUUACGGGCUCGGGUAUACAGACGUAUGAAAUAGGCGUACAAAUCAAACAUUUGCUGAUCAUAAAUCAUUCCGUGACUUUCACAUUCAGUUUGGAGACCCCGUUAAGAAGUUAAGGUAUAAGAGGGCCGAGUUAGGAAGGGAGGAGUUCCCAUUGGUCCCGGAGAAGACAGGGAGUCCCUGGAGUUACUGGGCGAGUAGCACGGUGGGACCCACACGUUGGAAAGAUUACUUUGUGAUAGGCUCGGGGACCCAAGAGGGAUGCAACUCUGCUCUCCAGGACGGCUCCUUAGGAAAUCUUGGCUUUCCACACCCAAAAUGUUUUCUGCUCGCAGCGCUGGCCGGACUUGAGCAAAACCCUGACAAUCUCCUUUUCACUGAGGGGCGGAGGAGGUUGGUCACCUCUCACUGGGGUGCAGUGGCAGCCAGUCCCCUUCAGGAUAAACAACAAUCCCCCACAACAGUGACCUCCUUGACAACAGGGCCUGGGGUUUUAGGGAUGGAGUUGGUCCUUCUUUAGUCUGCAGGUGUGCAGAGAUGGUUAAAGGAGGUGGGGGUAGGGGGGCACCCAGACCCUCAGCUGGGGCCAGGCUUUCGUGCACUCUGCCCCCCCGGGAACGCCCCUCCUAAAGCCUCGCGAGCUUUUUUCUGUUCCCCCCUCGCUUGUAGAAGCGAGCGCUUCCGUAGUUAGGGCUUCAUUCAUUUGGAACUCGCUCUCCCGGCCCGGAGCCUGCGCGCUAGGCAGAGAAACAGCUUUCAAAAGCACCGCCAGCCACGCCUGACGCACAACUCGGCUUUGGGGAACCUCGCCGACGUCGGGAUUUCUCUUUCCCUCCCCGUCCCGCCUUCCUAUAGCGUUUGGACUCUAGUCCCUGCUAAGCGACGCCCUGGGCCCCCGAGGCACUCUGGGACGUACAGUUCGGGGGCGGCACCGCCCUCGGCGUUUCCAUUCGCUUUAGUGCUUUUUGAAAGGCCAGGGUAGAAAGAGAAGCGGACCUUUUUUGCCACGUGCCCAGGCCCAGUGUCCUCUGGGAGUUGUAGUCGGCAGCGGGGGCGGGGUUAGGGGCGGGCGCUGCCAGUAAGGAGACGUAGCUCUCCGUUGGGGGUGUGCAUCGGCAGCCCAUCGGACGAAGCUGGCGGGCUGAGUGGCCGCUCGGAGCCGGUCCCUCGGUUGGCCUGGCCUGGGCGGCGGCUUCGUGGCCUUCCAGUGCGUGGGUCCUGGUAGAGCCCCGAAGCGGCCUCUCUUCUGUCCGUCACCUACGCGGCGGCAUCCUGUCGCUCUGCAGAGCCCGGCGCCUCCCAACCCGGCUCCGGAGGGCGACGUGGCCACCCCGUUUCCCGGCCCUCCACCCCCGGGGCGUGGGGGUCUCUGCCGGCCUCCCCCGCCCUCGCCCCUCGCAUCUAUUCCUCGCUCGCCAUGGAAGCGGCUUGGCGCCAGAUGGCGGCCGGCAGAGGCCGCGCCAGAGGCCGGGCGUCCGCAGCCCCGGCCCCGGGGAACGGAGUCCAGCCGCGCGGAGGCGGCCGGGGUAGCGGAGCCCCUGGGGCCGGCAGCCGGCCUGGGCCCGGCCGAGGGGCCGGCGGCACUACGACUCCUUCCCUGGCCCGGAGCCCGCCCGGCGGCCUCCCGGGAGCGGCGGCUACAGCGGCGCUUCAGGCCCCGGCGGCCCCGGAACUAAUUUCACAAAAGAAAUUUGAGGAAAUCAAGAAGGCUAAUCAAGCGGCAGCAAAAAAACUGGUUGAAGAUCACUUUAGUUCCUCUGAAGAAGAAGGAGAUGAAGAUACUGAAGGAAAGCAGGGGAAAAUUGUUGACAAGACAUUCAUAACUUAUACGAGUCAGAUAGAUGGAGAUAUGCGUGAAUUGGAACGAACUAGACAGUAUAUAAAUGAAGCUUUUCAGUCGGGUGCUAUGACAUGCUUAAUAUGUAUUGCUUCAGUAAAGAGAAACCAAGCAGUUUGGAGUUGUUCAGGAUGUUUCUGUAUAUUUCACAUGCCCUGUAUUCAGAAGUGGGCUAAAGACAGCCUGUUCCUUGUUUCUUCACCUUUGACAGAUGAUGACUUUGGAAAAAGAGACUAUCCGUGGCCUUGUCCAAAAUGUAGGUUUGAAUAUAAGCGAUCUGAAACACCUACUCGGUAUUAUUGCUAUUGUGGAAAAGUGGAAGAUCCACCAUUGGAUCCAUGGCUUGUACCUCACUCAUGUGGACAAGUAUGUGAAAGAGAAUUUAAGCCUCCUUGUGGACAUAAGUGUUUACUUCUCUGUCACCCAGGUCCUUGCCCACCGUGUCCAAAGAUGGUCACUAUCACUUGUUACUGUAAGAAGGCAAAACCAAUGUCUCGCCGUUGUAGUACCAAGGAGUGGUCCUGUCAGCAGCCAUGUGGUCGGAAGUUGUUGUGUGGCCAGCAUAAGUGUGAAAGCCCUUGUCAUGCAGGAAAUUGUCAGCCCUGUCCACGAGUUAGCAAACAGAAGUGUGUCUGUGGCAAACGGGUAGCUGAAAGACUUUGUGCAAGUCCUGUCUGGCACUGCGAUCAGGUAUGUGGAAAAACAUUGCCAUGUGGUUAUCAUAAGUGUGAGCAAGUUUGUCACCCUCUUGCUUGUGGAGAAUGUCCUCGAUCUGGGAAAAGAUUCUGUCCGUGUCAAAAAUCAAAGUUUUCUUUGCCUUGUACGGAAGAUGUACCAACGUGUGGAGAUAGUUGUGACAAAGUGCUUGAAUGUGGAAUUCAUAGGUGUUCACAGCGUUGUCAUCGAGGUCCUUGUGAAAUAUGUAGACAGGAAGUUGAAAAGCACUGUCGUUGUGGAAAACAUACCAAGCGAAUGCCUUGCCACAAACCCUAUCUGUGUGAAACUAAGUGUCUUAAGAUGCGUGAUUGCCAGAGGCAUCAGUGUAAGAGAAAGUGUUGCCCUGGAAACUGUCCACCUUGUGAUCUACCAUGUGCACGAGCUUUAGGGUGUAGAAACCAUAAGUGUCCCUCCAUCUGCCACAGAGGUAGCUGUUAUCCCUGUCCUGAAACGGUUGAUGUGAAGUGCAAGUGUGGUAAUACAAAGGUGACUGUGCCUUGUGGCAGAGAGCGCACCACCAAACCGCCCAGAUGUAAAGAAUUGUGUAGCCAACCUUCAACUUGCCAUCAUCCAAAUCGAGAGAAACAUCGGUGUCAUUUUGGCCCAUGUCCUCCCUGUCAUCAACCUUGCCAAAAAGUUCUGGAAAAAUGUGGUCAUUUGUGUCCUGCUCCAUGCCAUGAUCAAGCAUUAGUGAAGCAAACUGGCACGCAUCAGCCUGCAGGUCCCUGGGAACAAAUUUCUGAACCGGCCUACAUUCAGACUGCUUUGCCUUGUCCUCCCUGUCAAGUUCCUAUUCCAAUAGAGUGUCUUGGGAAGCAUGAGAUCAGUCCCCUGCCAUGUCAUGCUGUGGGUCCUUAUUCUUGUAAGAGAUUUUGUGGACGGAGUCUAGAUUGUCAAAAUCAUACCUGCAUGAAAGAGUGUCAUAAAGUUACUGAAAUGAAUGGCUGUGCUAAUGGAAAAAAGGCAGGGCCAGAAUGUCUUCAGUGUGAAGAAGCAUGCUGUAAACCACGGCCACCAGGUUGUCCUCACCCAUGUAUAUUGCCCUGUCACCCUGGAGAAUGCCCUUCCUGUGUUCAAAUGCUUAGAAUAAAAUGUCAUUGCAAGCUCAUAAGCUUAUAUGUGGAAUGCAGACAAUUGUCAGCUGCUGAUGAAGAUGAAAAGAACCUAUUGACUUCCUGCAAAAAUCAGUGUCCUAAAGAGUUGCCCUGUGGUCAUCGUUGUAAAGAAUUGUGCCAUCCGGGUGAAUGUCCCUUUAACUGCAACCAGAAAGUGAAACUCAGGUGUCCUUGCAAGAGAAUUAAGAAGGACCUUCAAUGUAGUAAAGUGCGAGAAGGCCGGGUUUCUCUAGAAUGUGAUGUCACGUGUAAGGAAAUGAAACGGAAAGCUUCAGAGAUAAAGGAAGCAGAAGCCAAAGCUGUCGUUGAAGAAGAAAAACGAAGACAGCAGGCUGAACUAGAGGCUUUUGAAAACAGAUUGAAAGGUCGUCGGAAGAAAAACAGGAAAAGAGAUGAAGUAGAAAUUGAACCUUCAGCUUGGCAAAAAUAUAAGAAAGUGUUCCUUUUUCUAGUGUGCACGAUUGUUGUGAUGUUUGCAUGGUAUGUGGCCCAUGAUAUGUAUUGAAAAGUUUUGAUCAAUUUUAAUAUACCUCAAUUUAAUUUAGCUUUAGGUAACAUUCUUAAAAUAUUAGUUCCUAUAUAUCAUAGAACAUGAUUUAUGUUCAUAUUCAUCUCUGUACUUUUCUUUUAUAAAGAGGGAAAAGGAUGUCAAAUGUUACUUUAACCAGAAUCCAAAAAAAGGGCAGUAUAGUAUAAUUGAAAGUAAUAGCAUGAAUUGAAAUUGUAAAAUAGCUUGAAUUAUUUACAAAGCUCUUGUUAAAGAGCAUUUUAUUACUUCAUAGUAUUUCUUUAUGUAAAUCUUCAUUUUUUGUUCUAACAAUGAAACUGAGCCAUAUUUGCUUUAAAAUUAACUUGUCUAAACGGCUUAUUACUUCUUACUCAUUAAAGAAUAAUUUCUUAGAUCAUGUAUUUUGUUUAGUGAUCUUGUGUAAUAGGACUUUUCAAAAUAAAAUCUUGAAAAUGUCUGGAUUUCAUAAUCAGGUAGUGAGAAAAAUUGUUUAUUAUACUUUAUCACUGUGGACUUUUAAUAUGUUAUGACAUUUUUGUUAGCUGUUUUGUUCAUCAGAGAAAAAAUUGAUUUUAUUCUUUAGAAUUUAUCAGAUGCAGAAAACACGAAGUUUCUAUUGAAGUCAUAGUACAUUUGACACAAUUUAAAUAUGUUCUUUCAAGGUGCAUUUCAGCUAGAAGAGUGGACAUAGUAUAAGACAAUUGACAAAUCUGGCUGAAAUUGUAAGUUAUUUUAAGCAGUUUGUUUAAUUUUUGUGACUAAUCUUUAAUUAAAAGUAUUUUAUUACCAA